AUGUUUAAUAAUACAAAUAAAAUUAUAGAAAUUGAAAGAAAUAAUAAUAAAAAUAUUGAAAAGGAAUUAUUCUAUAAAUAUUUAAAUGAAAACGAACCUAUAAUAUUCACAAAAUUUUCAACAGAUUGGGAAGCAUUAUCAAAAUGGAAUGAUCCCAACUAUCUCAUCAAUAUUAUUGGUAAUGAUCAUAUAGUGGAUGUUAACAAAUGUUCAUUUGGUGGUUAUUAUAAAGAUAUUAUCAAAAUUAAAUUCUCUGAAUUCAUAUCAAAAUCAAUAAAUAAUCAAUUUGAUAAUUUUGAUUUAAAUGGAAAUAAAAUUAAAAAAGUAAAUAAACCUUAUUUAAGGAAUUUUGAAAUGUUUGAAGAUUUCCCAAUUUUCGAGCAAGAUAUUAAUUGUGAUAUUAUAUUUGACAAAGAUAAACAUAAUUUAAUUGUAAAGAGAGCAUUUAUUGGGAGUGUUGGAUCAGCAACAAGUUUUCAUAUUGAUACUGGUGAUAAUUUAGUUACUGUAAUUAAAGGUUGUAAAUUCAUUGUAAUGAUAUCACCAAAUGAUUCGAAAUUUUUAGAUUUUCAAAAAAGUAGAGAAAUAGAAAUAUCUUUUAAUCAAAAUGAUAAUGAUGGUAUCCCAUUAGAAUAUCAUCCAGCUUUUUCAAAUUGUAAAUAUAUUUAUAAAACUUUAUUAAGAAAAGGUGAAUCAUUAUUCAUACCAAAUAAUUGGACACAUUAUGUUCAUAAUAUAUCUGAUCAUGAUGAUAACUUUAAUGAAGAUAAUAAUAAUAAUAAUAAUUGUAAUAAUAAUAAUAAUUUAACAAUUAGUGUUAGUUGUUGGGGAAAAUCAAUAUAUGAUUUAGUUGUUGGAUAA